AAUUAUUGCAAUUGGAUUUUGCGCAAAAUCAACUGAACCAGAUAUGUUACCCGGCAAUUCGGCAGAAUUAAAUAAGUUACCCAGUAAUUCUGCUGAGCUAGAUAAGUUAUCGGAUAAUUCAACCGAACUAGAUAAUUUACCCGGUAAUUACAAAUACUAA